AUGUUGCCUUGGACGAGAAGGUGCUUAGCCAACCCUAUAAGAGGGGUCAAGACGUCCAUUUUGAUAUUAAGCAGAUUUCAAAGUACUAUAGCUGAAGCAGGGGAGGCGAAUUUAACCGAUUUGGAAAAAAGAGAUGAAAUAUAUAAAAGACAGAGGAAAUUGGCAUCAGCGCAUGUUAAAUUGAAGUCAUAUGCGAACGGACACUUGCAGCCUGGUUCCACCAACUUUAAGAAGCCAGUGCAUGAUCAUUUGUACAAAGGGGGACCGGUGAGGGAAUUAACGGUCUCGAAGAGAAAAACCGCCGGUAGAAACAAUACGGGACAUAUAACCAUUCGUGGUAGAGGAGGGGGCCAUAAGCAGCGUUAUAGAUUUGUGGACUCGCAUAGAUUAGACAGCGGUAAGCAAACUGUAUUGAGAAUUGAAUACGAUCCUAACAGAUCGGGCCACAUUGCGUUGGUGAAACACGACGAGACGGGAGAUUUAUCGUAUAUUUUGGCGGCCAGUGGUUUGAGAGAGGGUGAUGUGGUAGAGUCGUUUAGAAAGGGGUUACCAAAGGAUUUCCUUGAGGAAAUGAACGAAACAAAUAAUGGUGAAAUCGAUGAAGCAUUAUUGAAUUCGAGAAUUAUGCAAAGAGGUAAUUGCUUACCAUUGAAUAUGUUGCCAGUGGGUUCGAUCAUUCACAACAUUGGUUUGCAUCCAAAUGGCCGUGGUCAGUUAGUCAGAUCGGCCGGUACAUUCGGUAGAAUUUUGUCCAAGCAUCCGGAGAUGAACAAGGCUAUCGUUAGAUUAAGUUCAGGAGAACAUCGUUAUAUCAACAUCAACUGUCAUGCUACCUUAGGGACAGUUUCUAAUAAGGAACACCAAGCCAUUUCGUGGGGUAAAGCCGGUAGAAGUCGUCAUAGAGGAAGACGUCCAAUGGUUAGAGGUGUCGCUAUGAAUGCAUUCGAUCACCCACACGGUGGUGGUAGAGGUAAAUCGAAGUCUAACAAGGUUUCUCAAUCUAUGUGGGGUCUCAAGAAGUUCGCCAAGACUAGAAAGUUCAAGAACGUAAAUAAAAUGAAGGUGAAGGACAGACCAAGACGUUAA